UGUAAAAAUUAUUGCCAACAGUGGAAACGUAAAAGUUGAUAUUGGAAGUAGAGUUCCACUUGAUGAUACUUCACUUCACUUCACUCUCGAUUCUGUUUCUUCUACACAGUGGUCGCUUCUUCUUCUUUUCAAGGCUUUCAACUUUUGGGUUGGAAUCUUUUCGGGUUCGCAUGGAACCCAAAAUCGAACCUGGGUUCGGUUCAACUGACCAUAGGAACUUGGAAGACAUGAGUAUUCAGGAUCUGGUUUCUGUGUUGCGUACUGCAUUUCUGACACAAGACUUUGAUAAUGUUGAAGAUGUUUUAGUCAAUAGAGAUAAGAGACUGCAAACAGAUAUUCUACGUCUUCAAGAGAUGGUUGAUUUGGAGAAAUUGACAAGGUUUCAAGCUGAGGAGGAUUUGAGGAAUAGAGAGGAACUAUGUGAAAGAGGGAAAAGAGCACAAAAUAACUAUGAAAAAUUGUUGAAAGAAGUAAAGAAAAAUACUAUCUUAGCAGACAGAGAAACUAUUGGAGAGCUAAGAAAGAAGAACAAAGAAUUGGAGUUUGAAGUCUGUGAGCUGAGAAAGUUGAAGGAAAAAUGGGUGGAUGAUAGCAACGCUCUUUCUGAGCUUAGGGUCACAGCAAACUGUUCUUCUCCCACGAGCUACAUCAACCAUCCAUCAUUGAUCAGCAUGCUCUGUGAAAGGGUGGGGGUGUACCCUAAAAAGAAUGAAGAAAUGGUGAAGCCAUUAAGGCCAAUCACGGCGAAACGGAUAGAAACUUGUAACAUAACUGUUGGUCCGCACGGGCGCAAGAUUGGUUACAAUAUUCAAGGACCGACUAAUCCGUGGAGACAAGUCCCACCGUCCAUUAGCGGUUGGCCCAGUCCAACUCCGGGACCAACUAAUCCGUGGGGACAAAUUUCACCAUCUAUUAGCGGAUGGCCCAAUCCGACUCCAGGACCGACUAAUCCGUGGGGACAAAUCCCACCGUCUAUUAGCGGGUGCCCCAAUCCAACUCCAGGACCGACUAAUCAGUGGGGACAAAUCUCACCGUCCAUUAGCGGAUGGCCAAAUCCGACUCCAAAACCGACUAAUCCGCAGGGACAAAUCCUAUCGUCUAAUAGCGGGUGGCCCAAUCCGACUCCAGGACCGACUAAUCCGCAGGGACAAAUCCCAUCGUCUAAAAGCAGGUGGCCCAAUCCGACUCCAGGACCGACUAAUCUGCAGGGACAGAUUCCAACGUCUAAUAGCGGAUGGCCCAAUUGAAGACAUAGUAAAGAUUUGUAUGGACCGGCCAGUGAGAUUCGAGAUCUCUAGCACCAACCUGCCUAUUUCAAGGGCCUGACAUCUUUACAAUUAGUACUAACUAGUUUGAUUAGUUUUAAAUUUAUUUACUUAUUACAAAUGUAGUCCUGUAACGAAUGAGGUACUUCCUCUUCAAAUACUUUUGAACCUAUAUGUUGGAAUGUGCUUUGGCUAAUCAUCUGUAUUUUCUGAUUUUUUUGUUGGAGUUUUGAAAUAUCAUAAAGAAGA